AUGGGGAAUGCAUCAUCAUCAGAGGGGGAGGCUAAAACCCCUAGUUUAACAGAAAGUCACAACAGUGCAAGAAAUAUUUUGGAAGGUUAUGCCGAAAGUAUAAAGGAACAGGCAUCAAAAGAUGCAAAAAUACAUGGACAUCAUUUGAAAGGAGAUUUGGCGAAAGCAGUAUUUCGUCAUCCAUUUUCUGCAUAUAGACCUAACUAUGGAAAUCCGUGCGAACUUGAUUAUAGGUUUCAUACUAAUGUAUGGCAUCGUAACGCAGAAGAUAGAAAUCCUUGUCUUUUUAGUCGUGCAAAACGUUUUUCAAAUGAAGGUGAAGCAGAAUGUAAUGGUGGUAUAAUAACUGGUAAUAAAGGUGAAUGUGGGGCAUGUGCACCGUAUAGGAGAAGACAUAUAUGUGACUAUAAUUUGCACCAUAUAAACGAAAAUAAUAUAAGGAAUACUCAUGAUUUAUUGGGGAAUUUGUUAGUUAUGGCAAGGAGUGAAGGUGAAUCUAUUGUGAAAAGUCAUGAAUAUACAGGUUAUGGUAUAUACAAAUCAGGUAUAUGUACUUCUCUUGCUCGCAGUUUUGCAGAUAUAGGAGAUAUUAUUCGAGGAAAAGAUCUGUAUCGUCGUGAUAGUAGAACAGAUAAAUUAGAAGAGAAUUUAAGAAAAAUUUUCGCGAAUAUAUAUAAAGAAUUGAAGAAUGGGAAGAAGUGGGCGGAAGCAAAAGAGUACUACCAAGAUGAUGGAACUGGAAAUUAUUAUAAAUUAAGGGAAGCUUGGUGGGCACUUAACAGAAAAGAUGUGUGGAAAGCAUUAACAUGUAGUGCGCCAAGGGAUGCUCAAUAUUUCAUAAAAUCAAGCGUCAGGGAUCAAACAUUUUCAAAUGAUUAUUGUGGCCAUGGUGAACAUGAGGUUCUUACAAAUUUAGAUUAUGUCCCUCAAUUUUUACGAUGGUUUGAAGAAUGGGCAGAAGAGUUUUGUAGAAUAAAAAAAAUAAAAUUAGGAAAGGUUAAGGAAGCAUGUCGUGAUGACUCAAAAAAAUUAUAUUGUAGUCAUAAUGGAUAUGACUGUACGAAAACUAUUCGAAAUAAAGAUAUUUUGUCUGAUAAUCCUAAAUGUACUGGGUGUUCUGUUAAAUGCAAAGUUUAUGAACUUUGGUUAAGGAAUCAACGAAAUGAAUUUGAAAAACAAAAAAAAAAAUAUUAUAAGGAAAUACAGACAUAUACAUCGAAGGACGCUAAAACUGAUAGUAAUAUUAAUAACGAAUAUUAUAAGGAAUUUUAUGACAAACUUAAAAAUGAGGGCUAUGAAACAUUGAACAAAUUUAUAAAAUUACUAAAUGAAGGAAGGUAUUGUAAAGAAAAAAUAUCAGGAGAAAGGAAUAUUGAUUUUACUAUGACUGGUGAUAAAGACGCGUUUUAUCGCUCAGACUAUUGCCAAAUAUGUCCUGAAUGUGGAGUCCAAUGUAGCGGUACAACAUGCACACCAAAAAAAGUGAUACAUCCGAAUUGCAAAGAUAAAGAAACUUAUGAGCCUGGUGAUGCAAAAACCACUGAUAUUACUGUCCUUUAUAGUGGUGAUGAAGAAGGUGAUAUUGCACAAAAAUUACAAGAUUUUUGUAAUGAUAAAAAUAAAGAAAAUGAUGAAAACUAUGAAAAAUGGCAAUGCUAUUAUAAAAGUAGUGAGAUUAAUAAAUGUCAAAUGACACCAUCAUCACACAAAGUUCCAAAACAUGGUUACAUUAUGUCAUUUUAUGCUUUUUUUGAUUUGUGGGUUAAGAAUUUAUUAAUAGAUAGUAUAAAUUGGAAGAACGAUCUUACGAAUUGUAUAAAUAAUACUAAUGUUACGGAUUGUAAAAAUGAUUGUAACACAAAUUGUAAAUGUUUUGAAAAUUGGGCUAAAACAAAAGAAAAUGAGUGGAAAAAAGUGAAGACGAUAUACAAAAAUGAAAACGGAAACACGAACAAUUAUUAUAAAAAACUUAAUAACCAUUUUCAAGGUUAUUUUUUUCACGUUAUGAAAGAGCUUAACAAAGAAGAAAAAUGGUAUAAACUUAUGGAAGAUUUAAAAGAAAAAAUUGAUUCUUCCAAUUUGAAAAAUGGUACGAAAGAUUCAGAAGGCGCAAUAAAAGUGUUGUUCGAUCACUUAAAAGAUAUAGCUGAAAGAUGCAUAGACAAUAAUUCAAAAGAUUCAUGUCCACCUUCAGUGGAUACGAAAACAAACCCCUGUGCUAAACCUCCUGGUAGUAAACCCACUAAAAGUGUAAAACAAUUAGCGGAACAUAUGCAACAGAAGGCACAAAAACUUUUGGGUACUCGUGGUGGUGAAAGUAAAUUGAAGGGGGAUGCAACAAGAGGGACGUAUAACCUUGGAGGUCAAGGAAACACGUUGAAUGGCGAUAUAUGUAAAAUAACAAAAAAUCAUACCAAUGAUAGUCGUCCUAAUGGUGAACCAUGUACAGGUAAAGAUAAAGUUAAAAACGGGUUUCGCUUGAAAAUAGGAACCCCGUGGACAAAUAUUGUACAAAAAAAAAAAAAAAAGUCAUACAAAGACUUCUAUUUACCUCCUCGGCGUCAACAUAUGUGUACAUCAAAUUUAGAAAAUUUGAGCACGAGUAGCAAAGGACUUAGUAAUGGUAGUUUUGCUAGUCACUCAUUAUUAGGUGAUGUAUUGCUCGCAGCAAAAUUUGAAGCACAAAAGAUAAUACUAGUGUAUAAAAAUAAGAAUAAUAUAAAUAUCAGAAAAAGAAUAACUGACCCAAAUGAUCAAGCUACUGUAUGUCGUGCUAUACGUUACAGUUUCGCCGAUCUAGGAGAUAUUAUACGAGGAAAAGACAUGUGGAAUAUAAACAGUGAUGCAAAAGAUCUUCAAGAUCGUUUAGAAAAAAUAUUUAAAACCAUUAAUGAAAAACUUCCUAAUGAAAUCCAAAAAAGAUAUACGAACCGUGAAAAUAAACAUUUAGAUUUACGUUCAGACUGGUGGGAAGCUAAUAGACAUCAAGUUUGGAGAGCUAUGAAAUGUGCAACAAAAGGCAUCAGCAAUAACAAUUGUAAUGGUAUCCCAAUAGAAGAUUACAUCCCACAACGAUUAAGAUGGAUGACGGAAUGGGCCGAAUGGUAUUGCAAAAAGCAGUCACAGGAAUAUGAGAAGUUGGAGGAGAAGUGUGGGAUGUGUACGGGUAAGGGUCAGGGUGAUGGUAAAGAUUGUACACAGAAGGAUAAAGAAUGUAGUCCGUGCAAGAAAGCAUGUGAUGCAUAUAAGAAGGAAAUAGAAAAAUGGGAAAAACAAUGGAAAACAGUAUCAGCUAUAUACCAAAUAUUAUACGCAAAAGCACGAAUUGUUGCUAGUAAUGGCGGUCCUGGGUAUUAUAAUACGGAAGUACAGAAGAAAGACCGAUCCGUGUAUGACUUCUUGUACGAGUUACAUUUACAAAAUGGUGGCAAAAAAGGUCCUCCUCCUGCUACACAUCCUUAUAAAUCUGUUAACACACGUGAUAAACGUGAUGCCACUGAUGAUACAACACCCACUGUGUAUAGUACUGCUGCAGGAUAUGUACACCAAGAAGCACAUAUUGGUGAUUGUAAGGAACAACACGUUUUUUGUGAUAAUAACGGCAACAAGGAGAAGUAUGCUUUUAAGAAUCCACCAAAUGUAUAUGUUGAGGCGUGUAAGUGUAUGACGAGGGAGGCACCACCACCACCAACAACUCCUUCUACUCCAAAUCCGUGUGCUGAAACUGGUGGUGUACAUACCAUUAAAACUGUGACUGAUGUCGCAAAAAUAUUACAGGGGGAGGCAAAUGAAACAAUGCUAAAAAAUAGUUCCAAUGGUAAUGAUAAGGAUGAGAGUAAAUUGAAAGGUAAGGCAGAAGAAGGGGAUUAUAGUCGUGGAGGUACGCCAAGUGACUUCAACAACAAUUUAUGUGGUAUAACACAAAAGCAUUCCAAUGCUCAUAAUGAUUCACAACAACCAUGUUAUGGAAAAGAUCAAAAAAGGUUCAAUGUAGGAACGGAAUGGUCAUUUAAGGAUAAUCAUAGAAAACGGACACACCCUGAGGCAUAUAUGCCUCCAAGAAGGGAACAUAUAUGUACAUCAAAUUUGGAAUAUUUAAUUCAUAAGAGAAAAAAACCAAUUAUAGAAGGUGAUCCUAACAAGAUUAUUCAUUCCUUAUUGGGCGAUGUGUUACUUGCAGCAAAAUAUGAAGCAGAAAACAUAAAGAAACUGUAUGAAGAAAAUAACAACCGAAAAGAUCAGGAAGGUAUAUGUCGAGCUAUGAAAUAUAGUUUUGCAGAUAUAGGGGAUAUUAUUCGAGGAAAAGAUAUGUGGAUAGAAAACAAUGAUGCUAAGAGAUUACAAACAAAUUUGAAAGAAAUAUUUACUAAAAUUAAAGAAAAAACUGGAGGCACCACAUAUAAUGAAGAUAACGAUCCGUAUUUAAAAUUACGUGCAGAUUGGUGGGAAGCUAAUAGAGCCAAAGUAUGGAAAGCAAUGAAAUGUAAAACAAAUGGCGUAGAUAUCACUUGUGAUAGUGAUCAUACACCAUUGGAUGAUUAUAUCCCCCAAAGAUUAAGAUGGAUGACUGAAUGGGCAGAAUGGUAUUGUAAAGCGCAAUCACAGGAGUAUAAGAAGUUGGAGGAGAAGUGUAGUCAAUGCAAGAGUAAGGGUAAAGGUGGGAAUGAGUGUUACAGAGAAACGAAGGAAUGUAACGAUUGCAAGCAAGCAUGUGAAGAAUAUAAAAGGAAAAUAAAAACAUGGGCAGAUCAAUGGAAGGUAAUAUCAAAUAAAUACGAGGAUUUAUACAAAAAAGCCCAAAAUCCUACUAAUGCUGUUCUCAAAGAUAACAAAGAUGAGAAAGACAAGAAUGUGAUUGAUUUUUUGACACAAUUACAAAAAGCAAAUAAUGGCGAAAAAACUGGUGUGCACACCGUGUAUUCUACUGCUGCAGGAUAUAUACAUCAAGAGGCACGUACACGUGAAUGCCAGGAACAAAGGGAGUUUUGUGAUAAAAAAAAUGGCAUUGACAACACAAGUUAUGCUUUUAAGGAUCCACCUCAUGGGUAUGCUACAGCGUGUGAUUGCAUAAAUAGGUCGCAAACAGAGGAGCCGAAGAAAAAGGAAGAAAAUGUAGAGAGUGCGUGCAAAAUAGUGGAAGAAGUUCUUUCGAAACCACGAGAUAAAACUACAGGUGGAAUAGAUCAUUGUAAUCCAAAGUAUUAUCCAAGAAAAGAAAAUUAUCCUGGAUGGAAUUGUACUCCAGGUCAGUUUAAAUCAGGUCAUGCUGGAGCAUGUAUGCCUCCAAGAAGAAUAAAAUUAUGUGUAAUUAAUUUACAAUAUUUGAAUGAGAAGAAAUCACCAGAAGAAUUGAGAAAAGCUUUUAUUCAAUGCGCUGCAAUAGAAACGUAUUGGUUAUGGCAAAAAUACAAAAAGGAUAAGAAUGGUGGUGUUGCACAAGCAAAAUUAAAUAGUGGUACCAUCCCUGAUGACUUUAAGCGUCAAAUGUUCUAUACGUUUGGAGAUUAUAGAGAUUUAUGUUUAGAUACUGAUAUAUCAUCAAAAGCAGAUACAAGUACAGGUGUAGGUAAAGUAAAAAUUAAUAUAGAUUCUGUUUUCCAAAAAAUUGACAUAACUAAUGUCGAACAACGUAAACCUUGGUGGGGAAAAAACGCAGAAGCUAUUUGGGAUGGAAUGUUAUGUGCUUUAAGUUAUAAUACUACAAACAAAAAUAUGGAUUACAAUGCACACACAAAAUUAAAUCCCACGUACGGCUACAACGCCAUAAAAUCUGAACUGGAAGACUUUGUGAACAGACCUCAAUUCCUUCGAUGGUUCACUGAAUGGAGUGACGAAUUUUGUACAGAACGUAGUAUAAAGAUCAAGGAGUUGGAAACAAAAUGUAACGAUUGUACUGUUAGUGAGAGUGGUACUAGUGAUGCUACGGGUAAUAAAACAUGUGAUGAUAAAGAUAAAUGUGACGAGUGCAAAAGAGCAUGUACAACAUAUAAAACUUGGCUUAAAAAUUGGAAAACUCAAUAUAAAACACAAAGCAAAAAAUAUUUUGAUGAUAAAAGAAAAGAACUAUAUAAAAGUAUCGAUGACGUCGCCAGUUCUACACAAGCCUAUCAAUAUUUACAUGCACAAUUAAAAAAACUUUGUGGUAAUGCUGAUUGCAAGUGUAUGGAUGGUGAGUCCAAAGAAACAACCGGACAGCCUGAUAACUCCCACGAUUCCCAUAUGCCUGCAUCAUUAGAUGAUGAACCCGAAGAAGUGAAUGGAAAGUGUAAUUGUAAAGUGAAACAUCGUCCACAACCUCCGCUAGCACUUCCACCACCAGCACCAUCGGGACCUCCAGCUGAAGACCAAAUUGAGCAUGACAAUAGAGGACGAUCGGAACGUGGUGACCAAGGCCCACUACCAGCGCGACCUCCUCCUCCCCCACAAGCUGCACAACCACCACAACCAAAACCAAAACGCACUGGAGAAGGCCUCGGUCGUAAUCUACCACCAGCUGACAGAAAUACCAAUCUCUCCGAUUCCGAAGAAGAAGACGACGAAGAUGACGACGAAGUCCAGGAGGAGGAGGAAACGCCACCGUCGGAGGCGGAGGAAGGUGAAGGACACGUCGAGACAGAGGAGGAGACGAAGCCGGUGAAGGAAAAGACGGAAGGGGCGGGGGCCACAGAAGUCACAAAACAGGGGUCGGCACCAACGGCAACAACACCAACAGUAGAAGAUAUUUGCGCCACAGUGGCCAAAGCACUUAAGGGCGACAAAAGUCUCAAUGCCGCAUGUGCCCUCAAAUAUGGCAAAAACAACUCACGUUUAGGUUGGAAAUGUAUACCAACUAGUGGUGACAAAACAGACACAAGUGAGAAUGGUGCCCCACGUCGUGCUCGUAGUGCCCAUGGUGGUAAAAGUGAUAGUGAAAAAGGUUCCAUAUGUGUGCCGCCGCGAAGACGACGAUUAUAUAUAAAAAAGAUAGUAGAUUGGGCGGAAUCACAGUCGAAGACAGUAACAAGUGUUAAUGGAGAUGGUAAUGGGUCACAGGAAGUAGUUAGUGUUAAUGGAGCUAGUGAGAGUGGUGGUAGUGGUAGUGGUACUGAGUCACAGGCGAGUGAUGUGUCACAAGGUAACGGCGCGUCGACAUCGCCACAAGUGGCUCUCCUCCACGCCUUUGUGAAGUCCGCUGCAAUAGAGACGUUUUUUGCUUGGCAUAAAUAUAAAGUGGAUAAAGAAAUAGAGGAAAAGGAAAAACAGGCAGCACAAAAUCAUCUAGUUCAACGUAAAACAAGCGAGAACCCCCAAAAGAAAUUAGAAGGUGGUGAAAUACCUGAAGAUUUUAAGCGUCAAAUGUUCUAUACUUUAGGAGAUUAUAGGGAUAUUUUAGUGGGGGACAAGACUAUGAUUGAGGCGUUAGAAAAGAGUGGUGACACGAAAAUAGAAGAUAUAUCGGAAAAAAUACCAAAAAUUUUAGAUGGUGAGAACAACAAAGCUGCUGGUGGUGGCCCCAAACAACCAAAUAGUGGUAAAACACCACAAGAAUGGUGGAAAGAAAACGCAAAACACAUUUGGCAUGGAAUGAUAUGUGCUUUAACAUACAACACAGACAGUAAUGGAAAGGACAAAAAAAUACAACAGGUUAAAGCUACGGACAACACAGAUCUUUUCCAAAAACUGAAAAAAGACAACGACUACGAAACUGUGUCAUUUGGUGCUAGUGGUACCGGCGCCAAAAGCAACGACGAUACCAAAUUAAAAAAUUUUGUGGUACGCCCCACAUAUUUUCGUUGGUUAGAGGAAUGGGGAGAAGAGUUUUGUCGAAAACAAAAACAUAAGUUAUAUAUAAUUAAAAAAGAUUGUCGUGAUAAUAAGUUUUGUAGUGGUGAUGGCUUGCGUUGUGACGAAAAAGUUCCAGAUAAGAAAGAUAUUUUUAAGCAUUUCGAUUGUCCCAGUUGUGCCAGACAUUGUAGAUCUUAUAGAAAAUGGAUAGAAAGAAAAAAAACAGAAUAUGAGAAACAAGAAAGCGCAUAUAGUAAACAAAAAAGUAAUUACGUAAAUGGAAGUAAUGGUGAUGGAGGUAAUAAUAAUGAUAAAGAAUUUUACACAAAACUAGAAACGUGCACUAAAGCAACAAACUUUUUAGAAUCAUUAAAAGGACAAUGUAUUGGUAAUAAUAAUGGAGGCACUGACAUAAAAUUUAGUAAUACAAAUAUAACAUUUGGAUCUGCAGAAGAUUGUAAACCUUGUUCUGAAUUUAAAGUAAAUUGUGAAAAUGGUAGUUGUGGGAGUGCUAAGCAAAAGGAUUGCCCAAAUAAUACGAUUACUUCACAAAAUAUUAAAGGUCUUACUGACCAAGUAGAUAUGCGUGUUAGUGAUAACACUGAAAGUGGAUUUGAAGGUGAUUUAGGCAUUUGUCAGGGUGCAGGUAUAUUUAAAGGUAUUAGAAAAGAUGAAUGGAAAUGUGGUGAUUUCUGUGGUAUAGAUAUAUGUACUCUGGAAAAAACCAAUAAUGGGAAAGAAAGCGAUAAAAAAUAUAUCAUAAUGAAAGAAUUCGUUAAAAGAUGGCUAGAAUAUUUUUUUGAAGAUUAUAAUAGAAUUCAAAAAAAAUUAAAGACAUGUAAAGAAAAUGGUAAAGGAUCCACAUGUAUAAGAAGUUGUGUAGAUGAAUGGAUAAAGCUGAAAAAGGAUGAAUGGCAAAAAAUUAACAGUAAUUACCUUGACCAAAAUACAAAAGAAAAUCCUGAAGGUAAUAAUUUAAGCUCUUUUUUGGAGGAUGGACCGUUUAAGAAUGAGGUUGAUAAAGCUAUAAAACCUUGUGGUAAUUUAACUGAUUUCAAGAAGUCAAAGAAAUGUAAUGGCACUUCCAGAUCAGGAAAUAGUGAAGAGAGCACAAAAUAUGAUGGUGUUAUAUGUUUGCUUGAUAAUCUUAAAAACAUAAUAAAAACUUGUCAAAACGUACCUAGUGGCAAACCAGAUACACCGUGUCAAAAAUCCCCCGCCCCCGUUGGAGACGAUGAUGAUCCCCUUGAAGAGGAAAACCCAGUAACACAACCGAACAUUUGUCCGCAAACAUCAGUGGAAGAAAAAAAAAAAGAGGAAGAAGAAAAGUGUGAUGAAAAGGAGGAAGAAGAAGAAAAAGAGGAGGAAAAAGAUAAAGGAGAUGAGGAAGUAAAAGAAGAAGAAAAAGAUAAAGGAGAUGAGGAAGAAGAAGCAGAAGAAGAAGAAGAAGAAGAAGAGGAAACAGAUAGUCACAUUUAUGAAGACUACUCUGAUUCAGACGCAGAGGAAGAUGAUGAAGAUGAAGCUGUUACAGAAUCCUUAUCACCUUCAGAGUCACAACCAAAACGAUUGCUACGAGAAUUUCCAUCCCCCGAAUUAAAAAAUGCCAUGUUAUUUUCUACCAUCCUCUGGAUGGUAGGUAUCGGUUUUGCGGCGUUCACUUAUUUUUUUCUAAAGAAAAAACCGAAAUCACCUGUUGACCUCUUACGUGUACUUGACAUCCAUAAAGGCGAUUAUGGAACACCUACCCCGAAAUCAAAAAAUAGAUAUAUCCCCUAUGUGAGUGAUACAUAUAAAGGGAAAACAUACUUAUAUGUUGAAGGAGAUACAGACGAAGAGAAAUAUAUGUUUCUGUCUGAUACUACUGAUAUAACCUCUUCCGAAAGUGAGUAUGAAGAAUUGGAUAUUAAUGAUAUAUAUGUACCAGGUAGUCCUAAAUAUAAAACAUUGAUAGAAGUAGUAUUGGAACCAUCAAAAAGUGAUGGUAACACACCAGGUAAGGGUGAUGGUAACACACUAGGUGAUGAUAUGGUACCUACCACGAAUACAUUUACAGAUGAGGAAUGGAAUGAACUGAAACAGGAUUUUGUAUCACAAUAUAUACAAAGUAGAUUACCAAUGGAUGUACCACAAUAUGAUGUAUCAACGGAGAGUCCAAUGAAUAUAGGAGGUAAUGUUUUAGAUGAUGGUAUGGAUGAAAAACCUUUUAUUACUUCUAUUCAUGAUAGGGAUUUAAAUAGUGGAGAAGAAAUUAGUUAUAAUAUUCAUAUGAGUACUAACACUAAUAAUGAUAUUCCAAAAUAUGUAUCAAAUAAUGUAUAUUCUGGUAUAGAUUUAAUUAAUGAUACAUUAAGUGAUAACAAACAUAUUGAUAUAUAUGAUGAAGUGCUAAAAAGAAAAGAAAAUGAAUUAUUUGGAACAAAUUAUAAGAAAAAUACAUCAAACAAUAGUGUAGCAAAAAAUACUAAUAGUGAUCCAAUUAUGAACCAAUUAGAUUUGUUACAUAAAUGGUUAGAUAGACAUAGAGAUAUAUGUGAAAAUUGGGGGAAAAAAGAAGAUAUUUUGAAUAAAUUGAAUGAACAAUGGAAUAAAGAUAAUGAUGGUGGUGAUAUACCAAAUGAUAACAAAAAGUUGAAUACGGAUGUUUCGAUACAAAUAGAUAUGGAUGAAACUAAAGGAAAGAAGGAAUUUAGUAAUAUGGAUACUAUCUUGGAUGAUAUGGAAGAUGAUAUAUAUUAUGAUGUAAAUGAUGAAAACCCAUCUGUAGAUGAUAUACCUAUGGAUCAUAAUAAAGUAGAUGUACCAAAGAAAGUACAUGUUGAAAUGAAAAUCCUUAAUAAUACAUCUAAUGGAUCGUUGGAACAACAAUUUCCUAUAUCGGAUGUAUGGAAUAUAUAA